AAACCCUACUAGGCUAAACUGAACUAAAAUCAAAAUGAAGUUUUAUAAAAAUCUGAUUGUUUUUAUCAACGGGUUUUUGAUACAGUGUUGUUUGUGCAGUCUGUACUCGUCUUCGUUUGAAAUUUCAAGGCUUUUAGAAACAGAAAAGAAAAUCCUUGACAAGUUGGACGGAUUUUUCGUAAGGCAAGAAAAGAAUGGAUUAACAUUCGACAGUAACGUUAAAGAAUUCGUACACAGCGCACAGAGGGAAAACAGCGAGUUCUCAAAAACCGAGAAUCCUAUUUCCGUGUUUCACUUACUUACUCGUACUGUACAUGAGUGGGAGGAGUUAACAAAGAACCUAUCGUGUGACGAGGAGCAGGAAAAAUGCCCUAUACUAACUGGUGCUGAUAUUAUAAAUGUAAAUAAAAGACGUGAAUCCACGAUGUGGCCCACCGGAAGUGACGUCAGUGAAGCUGCUAAAGCCAUUUUGAACGUUUGGACAUUUUAUGAUCUAGACCUAGAGAAAAUUAUAAAAGGUAACCUCUUUGAAAUAUCUGAGCGUCCUCUCUCGGCAGACAACAUGUUUCUAAUAGCAAAUGUCGCAAGGGAUUCUGGGAUGACAUAUGAAGCAAUCACGUGGUUUGAAUAUCUGCUGCAACGACUUGAAACUCUCGGAUCCUUUACAUUCAAAACAUCAGCAUUAUAUAGAAGACUGGCAACAGCUUACAAAGAGAAUGGAAUGCUUACUAAAGCCAUCGGUUUGCUUCAAGAAUAUUUAAACAUGUAUCCUAACGAAAGUGGUGUUGCGAGAGAUUAUAGCUAUUUCAAGAGUAGCGCCUCAAAAGAUGACGUCAAAGAGGUCGUGCGUUUCGCAGCAGACGACAAGUCCAAACUGACGAAGAGUAGACAAGCGUUUGAGGGUCUUUGUAGAUCUUCAUUACAAACUAGGAACUAUUUAGGAACAUUACAAUGUUAUAUGCUGCCAUUAUAUAACUGCUAUGGACUGGCAAAAGUGGAGAUGAUUUCAAAAUGUCCAAAUAUCCAGAUUUUGUAUGACGUCAUGACAUCUAAUGAGUCGGAUGAAAUUAUUUCUUACGGAGAAAAAGCGUUUGGCAGUUUUCAUGAAUUGUUCCCGUUCAGAACCAAGUCUUUAGUAUCAGAUCAUGGAGCCAGGAGCGGACCAAUGUGUGAAUGGAACCAAAACUUUCCGUUGAUAGUAAAUCUAACUCGGAGACUGGAACAAAUGACAAGAUAUCAUAUGUAUCCCGUGAGUGACGUCUCCAGCAGCGAAUGUUAUACGAUGACAAACGAGGGUCCUGGUGUUAUUCAUAGACAACUGUUAGAUGCCUGGCCUAAGAACCACAACCCAUACCCAUUUGCUGGCAACAGACUGGCAACUAUAAUGUUACAGUUGUCAGAUGUACAGUAUGGUGGAGCAGUCGUAUUUCCGAAGCUUAAUCUUACAGUUCCUGUUCAGAAGGGAUCUGCUGUUAUCUGGAGAAACUUGAAGUCAGAUGGAACGCCCAGUGCACGUGCAAUACAUUCUAGUUGUCCGGUCAUAACUGGAUCACGAUGGACAAUAUACAAGCAUGUACUCUACAAUAAUCAACUGUUUAGGGAACCUUGUGAAGCACGGUGAAUUUAUACUAUACUGAUGGACUUAACAAUCUGUGUGAAUGAGUGAUGAAAGGAAAGAACAAUUUUGUUUUCACGUAGCUUUUUUUUCGGUCAUUUAUGAAAUAACUCUAACGUGAUUGUAUCAACGUUAUUUAUUAUCAUUUUUUAUAUUUGAUUAUCCACGUAAUUACUUUGAAUGUGCUUGCGUUGAAUUGAUUUCGAUUUGUCCAUAGCAUGGUAAUGUUUUGAAAUAUUGAAAUAUCUCGAACAAAAUGUCUCAGCGUGUAUAAAGCAAUUCAUUAUAAGUACCGGAAAAUAUUGAAGCUCACCUGCAUCGACUUUUCUCUUGACCGGUUGUCUCAAAUUCAGUUAAUUCCGAAGAAUUAGGAUUGAUUAAGGUAAGAACAUACAUGCAACACAUCAUGUACCGCCCCUUAUGGACCACAAUAGGUUAUAGCUUUGCACGAAAUUGUUGGUAUUUUGACGGCGUCAUGUGGCCAUUAUUAUGCUAUAUCUCAUAAAUAUUUUAACAGAAAAAUAA